GCGGGCGGCCCGGGCUUGAUUAGGUAGGAGGCGGCGGAGUGUCGGCGGUGGCCGGAAGUAGCCGAAGGGAGCGGCGGAAGUAGCCGAAGCGGCCGGAGCGGGCGGGCGGCAAGGCGAGGCCAGAGCUGCACGGGGCCCUUACGCGGCCGCCUCAACAUGUCGGACUUCGACGAAUUCGAGCGGCAGCUCAACGAGAAUAAGCAAGAGCGAGACAAGGAGAACCGGCACCGGAAGCGUAGCCACAGCCGCUCCCGAAGCCGGGACCGCAAGCGCCGGAGCCGGAGCCGCGACCGGCGCAACCGGGACCAGCGGAGCGCCUCCCGGGACAGGCGGCGGCGCAGCAAACCUUUGACCAGAGGCGCGAAAGAGGAGCACGGUGGACUGAUUCUCGAAGCUGCGGGUCAGAUUCCGGCCACCGCCCUUCUCCCCACCAUGACCCCUGACGGCCUGGCUGUGACCCCGACGCCUGUGCCCGUGGUCGGGAGCCAGAUGACCAGACAGGCCCGACGCCUCUACGUGGGCAACAUCCCCUUUGGCAUCACUGAGGAGGCCAUGAUGGAUUUCUUCAACGCCCAGAUGCGCCUUGGGGGGCUGACCCAGGCCCCUGGCAAUCCCGUCUUGGCUGUGCAGAUUAACCAGGACAAGAACUUUGCCUUCUUGGAGUUCCGCUCUGUGGACGAGACCACCCAGGCCAUGGCCUUCGAUGGCAUCAUCUUCCAGGGCCAAUCGCUGAAGAUCCGCAGGCCUCAUGACUACCAGCCACUGCCUGGCAUGUCGGAGAACCCCUCGGUCUACGUGCCUGGAGUUGUGUCCACCGUGGUCCCAGACUCUGCCCACAAGCUGUUCAUCGGGGGCUUACCCAAUUACCUGAAUGAUGACCAGGUCAAAGAGCUGCUGACAUCAUUCGGGCCUCUCAAAGCCUUCAAUCUGGUCAAGGACAGUGCCACGGGGCUCUCCAAAGGCUAUGCCUUCUGUGAGUACGUGGACAUCAACGUUACAGAUCAGGCCAUCGCAGGGCUGAACGGGAUGCAGCUGGGCGAUAAGAAACUGCUCGUCCAGAGGGCAAGUGUGGGAGCCAAGAAUGCCACGCUGAGCACCAUCAACCAGACCCCAGUGACCCUGCAGGUGCCAGGCCUGAUGAGCUCCCAGGUGCAGAUGGGCGGCCACCCGACCGAGGUGCUGUGCCUCAUGAACAUGGUGCUGCCCGAGGAGCUGCUGGACGACGAGGAGUACGAGGAGAUCGUGGAGGACGUGCGGGACGAGUGCAGCAAGUACGGGCUCGUCAAGUCCAUCGAGAUCCCCCGGCCCGUGGACGGCGUCGAGGUGCCCGGCUGCGGGAAGAUCUUCGUGGAGUUCACCUCUGUGUUUGACUGCCAGAAAGCCAUGCAGGGCCUGACGGGUCGCAAGUUCGCCAACAGAGUGGUUGUCACAAAAUACUGUGACCCCGACUCUUACCACCGCCGGGACUUCUGGUAGAGGUGGAGGGGGAGGGUGGGGGCAGGGCUGGCUGGGGGCUGCUCCCCCUCCCACCCCCCCUCUUUUCCCCCUCUGAAGAUGGGCAGAGGAGUGACAGCCGAAUGACAGCCGGCAGCAACUGGAAUGGCAGCAAUUAGGGCGGGGUGGGGGUUGGGGUAGGGAGGGGAAUAGGGAAGUGCGCGCACAGGCCCACACAGACACAUGCACCCAGACACAGAGGGAAGGGGUCUGGAUGGGGAGGGGGUGCACAGCAGGGCGGGGUAGGACCCCCAUAGCCCCUCCCCAAAACAGCCUCUCCUCCCUUUUACCCUCUUUCUCCCCUUCCCCACUGUAGAAACAUAGUGUGUUUAUAUUUUAUGGCCAAACUAUUUUGAAUUUUGUUGUCCGACCCCCCCGGUGCCCUGCCUUCUCCCUUUCCAGGACCACAGCUCCCGUCCUCUUGGCCUCUGGUCCUCUCCCUGGUGCCCGCCCUUCCCGGUUUCUUACGUAGUUGAUUCUCCUCCUUAGUCUUCCCCCACCUGUGCCCCAGCCCCGUGGCCCUGUCCUUCUCUCUGUGGCAGUUUCAUAUUUGCUAAGACAAAUUUGCUCAUUAAACAUUUUGUUGUAUUUUACUUUA